AUGAGGGCCUUGGCCGGGGCCCUGCCCUCUCUACUGCUGAGGUUGCUGCUUAUAUCCUCCCCUGAGGCCCUGGGUGCCAACCCCGGCCUGGUCGCCAGGAUCACUGACAAGGGACUAGAGUACGUGGCCCACGAGGGAUUGGUGACCCUGCGGGAGGAACUGCUCGGAAUCACGCUGCCUGACUUCACCGGGGACUUCAAGAUCAAGCCCUUCGGCCGUGGGCACUACGAGUUCCAUAGCCUGCAGAUCCACAGCUGUGAGCUGCCCGGCUCCACUCUGACACCCCUUCCCGGCCAGGGCCUGAGUUUCACCAUCUCUGACUCCUUCAUCAGAGUCCAGAGCGAAUGGAAGGUGCGCAAAUCUUUCGUGAAACUACACGGCUCCCUUGAUGUGGAGGUCAAGGGAAUUACCAUUUCAGUCAACCUUCUCUUGGGCAGAGAGCUCUCUGGGAGGCCCACCGUCAGUGCCACCAGCUGCAGCAGCCACAUUCAAGAUGUGGAGGUGGACGUGUCGGGAGAUUUGGGGUGGCUGUUGAAUCUCUUCGACAACCAGAUUGAGUCCAAGUUACGCAAAGCGUUGGAAAACAAGAUUUGCGAAAGGAUCCAGAAAUCGGUGGCCUCUGACCUACAGCCGUAUCUCCAAACUCUGCCAGUCACAACAGAGAUCGACAGUUUCGCUGGCAUCGAUUACAGUUUAACGGAAGCCCCUCGGGCAACAGCCCAAAUGCUGGACGUGAUGUUUAAGGGUGAAAUUUUUAACCGCGAUCGCUAUUCCCCAGUCACCUUCCUUGCUCCUGUCAUGAGUCUUCCUGAGGAGCACAACCGAAUGGUCUACUUUGCCAUCUCUGAUUAUGUCUUCAACACAGCCAGUCGGGUUUAUCACGAGGCAGGGCACCUGAACUUCUCCAUCACAGAUGACAUGGUUCCUUCUGGCUCUACUAUCCGGCUGACCACCAAGUCCUUCCGCCCCUUCGCGCCCCGGUUAGCCAGAAUGUACCCCAACAUGAACUUGGAGCUCCAGGGAACAAUGGCCUCAGCCCCAUUCCUGAACCUCAGCCCUGGGAAUCUGUCCUUGACCCCCCAGAUGGAGAUUGAAGGCUUUGUGCUCCUGCCCAGCUCCGUCAGGGAGCCUGUGUUCAGGCUCGGUGUGGCUACCAAUGUGUCUGCCAUGUUGACCUUCAACACCAGCAAGAUCACUGGGGCCCUGAAGCCAGGAAAGGUACAAGUGGAACUGAAAGAAUCUAAAGUUGGAGUAUUCAAUGUGGAGCUGUUGGAGGCGCUGCUCAACUACCACAUUCUCAACACCCUCUACCCUCAGGUCAACGAGAAGUUGGCAGAAGGCUUCCCCCUCCCUCUGCUGAAGCACAUUCAGCUCUAUGACCCUGUUCUCGAGAUCCACAAGGACUUCCUGUUCCUAGGUGCCAAUGUCCAGUACAUGAGAGUUUGAGGGCAAGGAGAGAGACGGGGGCUUGGAGGCCACAGCUAAAUCGGCAAGUUGCUUUUCCAGAUGUGCAGCAUAUUCCCGGAGAUUCUGAGAAGACGAAGAUUUUUCCGUUCUCAGAUCUGGGGGAGAGGUCUGCCUGGCCCCGGCCCCCACACCGCUCCUCUUCAGCAGGUGCACCCACACCUUCUCUGACUCUGGACUUCACUUUCCCCCCAAGAUUGGACCAUCUUCCCCCACUGGCCUAUACUAUCUUUAAGGGCAGACUCCAUCAGGUCCCUGUGCCUGGCAUGUAGUAGGUCCUCAAUAAAUAUUUAUUGAAUGGUUCAAUGAAGGAACCACUUGGUACUCUCGCUGAACCUCCCUACCACCCACCAUCUUUUGACUGAGGGGUCUUUGGAUGGUCAGCCCCAUCCAUGUUCUCCAAGGCUCAACCCUGACCACAUUCCCCUUUCUCACUGGCUGCUACUAUGGGAAGUUCAAUGAGGAAACAAGGGGUUCUGCUCCCCCACUCAGCCCUGGACCUGGUAGUGACGCCCGGUCUGUAAGGCACUUUGUCCAUCACUGUGCUUGGGCAGCUCAUGGGCGCACCUCAAUAUGUGCUCCCGUCCUCACUUCCUGCCUGCUGCAGCCGAGGGAGCCGCUGGGUCUCCCAGAGCAAACCCUCAGCCUCCCGCUGUUCUCCCCACUGAAAUGGGUGUAAAUUAGGAAGAAAUGGAUCCCUCUAGGUUUUCGGGCCGACCCCAAUAAAAAGCUCAUCCAACUGUUGUUUACGAGCCCCCAGCCUGGAGGAAGAGGCCAUGAUUUCUAAUCACUGAACAACCAGCCCUUGAUCAGACUUACUAAAGAGUCAUUUCCAAGUUAUGUAGUUGGGCCCCCGGGGACUGGGAAUCAGAAGGCUCGUUUGAUAUUUUUUUUUUUAUUGGAUUAAUGAGCAGAUGGAUGGAGCUGCCGGCUAAGAGAUAAUUCACAGGGAAUAGACCCAUUUACCCUGUGUGUGACAGAGCUGCGUUCCGAGAUGGGACAACGCUCUGUCACCCAGCUGCUGGCAGGGUGGGCCAUGGUCUCACGUGCCCCCUCCUCUUUCCUUUUGUUCACUUGUCUGCCUGCAUCACCCAUCCCUAUGCUGCACAGGUGACAGACCUGGGCUUCGUCUAUUCCUAGCCACGUGGCCUCGGUCAGGUCCCUUCCCCCUGCCUUGGGAUCCUCAUCUAUAAAAUAAGGAUUGGGGCGCCUGGGUGGCUCAGUCGGCUGAGCG